GACCCCAUCGCUGGCGUGGCUUCGCCUCCAUCGGUCCAUCCAACCACGGCAGCUUCUGCCGGCGAACUCCGGCGCUCCCUUGCCUUUUUCCGGUCACUAGAGACAGGGACCCCCAAGAACGGACGCCCAUCCCAUGGGGGCUUCCGAGUCUCUCCUGGCAAGGCAGCCUCAUCAGCAGUCGCAGUGGGCGGACGAGAUCACGACGGUGUCGGACGGCCGGCGCGACGCCUCGGACGAAGACCCCCUCCUUCGCCGCAUCCGCUCACUCACCAUCGCCCCGCCGCUGCUGAGCGGUCAGCCAGCAGCGGGCUCGGAGACGGAGACAAGCUUCACUGACAUCCUUGUCCGGAAACCUGCUACUGCGUCCUCUGCCGCCUCCGGUAAUAUGAAUCCGAAUCUGAUGUUUGAGCUUUUCGCUAUGUACCGUGAAUGGCAAGAAGAGAUGGCCAAGGAAAUUAGUGGAAAGCAGGGAGAGCUAGAAAAUAAAAUAGAAACAGCAGAUGCAUUGGCUGUUAAGCUUCUCCAACGGUUCAAUUACUCAGUUACGUCCAUGAGAUCAACCUCUCACAAUCUUGCUGAAGUUCAUCCGCUGCAAGUGGAAGUUGGUGAAUUGAAGGGCAGGUUAACUGAAGUAAUAAGUAACUGCAACGCCUUGUGCAGCAGGAUUACUGCAGAAGGGCCAGAAAGUUUGAGAACGUCUGUUCAACCUUUCACAACUGGCAGAGUGGAGUCGGGAGGUGGAUCCCUUGACCUGAAACAAGAUCCCUGAAGAUUCGAAUGUCUAUUCUCUGAACUCUUGGUGGCAUAAAAACCAGAGAAUUAGUUAGUACAGGAGGAUCCUCAUUAAACGAUGUGCAUGUAUACGAACUCUUUUAGAUGGAUCAUUGAUCUACUUUUGUUGGAAUUCAGUCUCUCCUGUUGUGGUGCUUAACUUCGCUUGUGCAUAUGUGUGUAUCGUGUACGGCCAGUUGAAUUAUCAUGAACCCUAUGUAUUGGUUCCUGUCUUUUGUACCUUUUGCUUUCUGA